UGAUAAUAUGGAGAUUACAUCUUAAUAAGGCUAUUUUCUAAAAAUUGAGUUGACAAAUCAACCUCACCCCAUACUUCUUAUCUAUAAAACAUAACAAAAAGAAGAAACCCAUUUAAUCCCAUGUUCUCAAAAGAGUGGUUUAGAAGAAUGAUGAGAAACCACCAUCAUUUUCUUAUUGUAUGUUUCCCUUCUCAAGGAUACAUUAAUCCUUCCCUUCAACUUGCCAACCAACUCACAACCCUAAAUAUUGAAGUCACCUUUGCCACCACCAUCGCCGCCGGCCGCCGUAUGAACAUAGUCCAACAAAUCCCUUCACCAUCAACCUUAUCUUUCGCCACCUUCUCCGACGGUUUCGACAACGAUGAAAAUCUCAAAACCAACUACGACUUCGACCACUACGUCUCCGAGCUCAAACGCUGCGGCUCUCAAUCGCUAAUCGAUCUCAUCACUUCAUCCAGCCACGGCCAUCGCCGUCGUCCAUUCACUUUUGUAAUCUACAGCCUCCUUCUAAAUUGGGCAGCUGAUAUUGCUACUUCUUUUAAUAUCCCUUCAGCUCUUUUCUCUGCUCAGCCUGCCACUGUUUUAGCUUUGUAUUAUUAUUACUUUCAUGGCUUCGGGGAUGAAAUUAUCAACAAGCUCCAAAUUAACAACCCCUCUUUGUCCAUAGAAUUACCAGGUUUGCCAUUGUUUAAAAUUCAUGACAUGCCUUCUUUUUUCUCUCCUUCUGGCCCACAUGCAUUUAUUAUUCCUCCAAUGAGAGAACAAAUGGAAUUUCUUGGUCAACGAAAAAAGCCAACAACAGUUUUAGUCAACACAUUUGAUGCUUUGGAAAAUGAAGCCUUGAGAGCAAUUAAUGAGUUGAAAAUGGUAGCAAUUGGACCUUUGAUUAGUGAAUUUCAUGGGGAUUUAUUUCAAGUGUCAAAUGAAGAUAAUUAUAUUGAAUGGUUGAAUUCAAAGGAAAAUUCUUCAGUUGUUUAUUUAUCUUUUGGGUCAAUUUGUGUGUUGUGUAAAGAACAAGAGGAAGAGAUUUUGUAUGGUUUAGAAGAAAGUGGGUAUCCAUUUUUGUGGGUAAUGAGAUCCAAAAAGGAUGAAGAAGAUGAGAAGAAAUGGAAGGAAUUAGUGGAAGGGAAAGGAAGAAUUGUGAGUUGGUGUAGACAAAUUGAAGUAUUGAAACAUCCUUCAUUGGGUUGUUUUAUUACACAUUGUGGUUGGAAUUCAACAUUAGAAAGCUUGAGUUUUGGGGUGCCAAUGGUGGGUUUUCCACAACAAAUAGAUCAACCUACUAAUGCAAAGCUUGUAGAAGAUGUGUGGAAGAUGGGAGUGAGAGUGAAGGCUAAUUCACAAGGAAUUGUGGAGAGGGAAGAAAUUAGGAGAUGUUUGGAUUUGGUAAUGAAGAGGAAAGAUGGAGAAAGGGAAGAGAUUGAGAAGAAUGUUAAAAAGUGGAAAGAAAUGGCUUGGGAGGCUAUCAAUGAAGGUGGAUCCUCAAUUUUGAAUCUUGUGAACUUUGUUGAUGAGAUUGAUGUGGGUGAUGCCUGAGUACUCCACCUUUUUAUGAUUGACAUAUGAGUUUUUUUUUUUUUUUCCUUUCAAGUUUUAGGAUAAUAAGAGGAUCUGAAUCAUAGACCUCUUAGUCGUUAAAAUAUCUAUAUGCUAGUGAAACUAUGUUUGUUUCGGUUAUUUGAUUGACAAUGAGUUACAAGAUGUCGACUAUAAUAUAUGUCAAUUUUUAGUAUCAAGAUUUGGAUUUCUUUCA